AUGCCUAAACUCAGUAAACCUGCCAUCGGAGCCGCUGUGUUGGGGGGUGCCGCUGGUGCCCUCUACUUGAACAAGAAGCGCAACGAGGAUCCUACCCGCAAGCCAUGGGACACGAAGACUGACUAUCAGAUGCAUUACGACUACAUCGUUCUUGGAGGCGGUACCGCUGGGUGCGUGUUGGCGAGUCGACUGGCAGAGGAUCCAAACAUCAACGUCCUCGUUCUUGAAGCCGGCUACUCGGACGAUAUCUCUGCGAGUAUGAAGCCUGCACUGAUGUCGACCCUCUGGUUUUCGGAUGUGUCCUGGAACUUGACUUCUGUCCCCCAAGUGCACGCCUAUGGCAGAGUCAUGAACCAACCCCGUGGCAAGCUUCUUGGAGGAUCCAGUUCGAUUAACGCGAUGAUGUACCAUCGCGGUCCACCAUCCGACUUUGACGAAUGGGGUACUCUUGGAAACGAAGGAUGGAACUAUCAGGAGUGUCUUCGCUACUUUAAGAAAUCGGAGGGCUUUAAUGACCCGAACCUGCCUGUGGGCCAUCCUAAAGGCCCCCUGACAAACAGAAUCCGCAAGCCUCAGUACGAAGGAUUCGAACCCGAGUACCACGGCACCGAAGGUCCUUGGCAAAUCACCUAUCACCAUCUCUGGGGCGCCGCCGAGGGCUUCAUUCGAGGCAACAUCGCCGAGGGUGUCCCCUUCAACAAGGACUUAAACGGAUCCGGCACCUUGGGUGUGAACCGUGUGCAGACGUUCAUUCAGCGGGAUGUCAUUCGGAGCAGUGCUGCCCGCGCCUACCUCGGGCCCGAUAGACUCUUGAAGGAUGGCAAGCCAAGGGCUGACAGGGGCAACAUCCGCAUCGUAUAUGACGCCCACAUUGUCCGAAUCGUGGUCCAGAACCGUCGAGGCACUAAAGUCGCUAUCGGCGCUGAGUUCCUGGACUCCAACCACGAGAUGCAGCGAGUCAUGGCUGUCAAGGAGGUGCUUCUUUCUGCGGGAGCAUUCGGUUCUCCCCACAUCCUGCUGGCUUCAGGAAUCGGGCCCUCUCCUCACCCCACCAUCCCCCACAUUCACACUUUGCCCGGAGUUGGACAGAACCUCGCGGAUCAUUUAGGUGUCCCCAUCAACUUCCGCUGCCCACCCACCGCACAAGUUUUCGACGCUCCUCGAAUCUGGAGCAUCCCUAAGGUGCUUUUCGAAUACGGAUUCCGUGGAACAGGGCCACUGUCAUCCCAGGGUGCAGAGGCAGCAUGCUUUGUCCGCCUGGAGGAUAUUGCACCCGAUUUCGUCGCUCGUGAGAAGGCUAACGGCACCUGGCAGGAUCGCUCGAGUGGGCCAAAGGCGCCCCACGCAGAAGUCAUCUUUGCACCCUCUUACUUUCGUCAUCACUUGAAGGAUGCGAAGGAUCAGAACCCAGAUGGCGAAAAGUACUAUACUUUGAUCGGUCUGUUGCUUAACCCCGUCUCGAGCGGCACCGUCAAGAUCUCGGAAGUCAAGAACGGCAAGAUCGAGACCCUGAUUGACCCCAACUUUUUCGAGGACGAGUUCGACACGCGUGUCAUGGUGGAAAUUUUGCGAUUCAUCCGUCGCAUCGGAGAAAAGAUGCGUCUGGACCCUACCUGCGCCGGUGUCGAGGUCAACCCUGGUGUGAAGAACGUACCAAAUGACGAUGAUGCCAAGCUGCAAGAGUAUAUCAAGAUGCACAGUUCGGUCUACUACCACCCCACUUCGACCUGUCGUAUGGGUCCCUCAAGUGAUCCCUUGGCUGUAGUUGAUGCGCGCUUGAAUGUCUAUGGAAUCGAGCGUCUGCGUGUGGUCGAUGCGAGCGUGAUGCCCAAGCUGCCUGCUGCUCACACUUGCGCCCCUACUAUUAUGAUUGCCGAGAAGGCUUCAGACAUGAUCAAGGAGGACUGGGCUGAAGAAACGUCCCGCGUCGGAGAUGUUCCUUUGCAGUCGAAGUUGUAG